GUUCCGGUGAUUCCAGAGCUUGACGAUGAUCAGUUCACUGAAUCUGCGGCGAAUUUCCUGCCCUUCUGUCAAAUACGAUUACGGCCAACAUUUUUCCGGCAACGCCGUCACUCUAUCUUCUUCUAACCUCCGCCGUCGACGACUUCAUAAUCGGUGCCUCGCUUCUCUUUCUACAAAUUCAAGCAAUUCGUCGUCGUUCAGGCCUUCUGUUGCUUCUUCGACUACCUUCACUACCUCCGUAGGAUCUCCACCUCCGAUUCCUCCGCUCACGCAAUGGAACCUCACACAGCGCCACAUCAUCGUCCUCAAUUUCAUUGCUUGCGCGGCAGCAAUCUCAGCUACGUGGCUUUUCUGCUCCGCAAUUCCUACACUUCUGGCUUUCAAAAGGGCAGCAGAAUCUCUUGAAAAACUGCUGGAUGUUACUAGGGAGGAGCUCCCUGACACAAUGGCUGCUGUUCGGUUAUCAGGAAUGGAGAUCAGCGACUUAACUAUGGAGCUCAGUGAUUUAGGCCAGGAAAUAACCCAAGGUGUUAAAAGCUCCACGCGUGCCGUUCGUUUGGCCGAGGAAAGAUUGCGCCGAUUGACAAACAUGAAUCCAUCAGCAUCGGUGCAGAUGGUAGUCCCAAUGACAUCCGAACCAGCGGCAGGGCCCGUGGUCGCUAGAACCGCCAGGGGAAUACGGGAGACCAUCGUGAAGAGCCGUGCAUUCAUGCAAAUGUUUUUCACAAUCACCCAGUUCUCGAAGGUAGCCUUUAAGUACUUAACGUCUCGAGCCAAGUCAAAUGCUUGAAGAGCACCGCUGGUAUUUGCUUCUGUAAGUUCUACAGGUAAUGUGUUAACUAACUGCAUAGGGAUAGCAAAAUCGUACUGAAUAACUUCGCGUGUUGUUCUCGUACCUCUUAUUUCACGGGUUCGCCACUUUUUCGUCAAA